AUGGGGGAGCCCCCCCAAACUCUGAAAUCCUCGGCCCACGCAAAUCCACCCACCCAUCACAAACCCGAGGGGGAGGGCGGAGUGGCGGACAGGGGAGCCGGGACGCCUUGGGCUGCGCAAGGGGAGAGUGGGAAGUGGAAAAAGAGGAGUCCCCCAACCCCCACCCACGGUCUCGGGACAACCCCAAGUGCCCUCCCAAUACUGCCCCACUGCGGGGGCCGCAGGGAGGACUGUGGAAAUCCCCCCCCCCCGUACCCUCGCCCCAGGAAGUUCUCGGGUGUUACCCCAGCACCCCUAAGGCUGCACCUCCCCCGCCUCCCCGGGGCCAGAAAGGAGAAGGGUCUGCGGGCGGGUGGGGCGCCUAGCCGGGAUCUCCGCGCCGCUGGGCGCCGACAGACGCCCGGGGCAUCCCCGAGGAGCGCAGACGGGCGGCUGGGGAAGGGUGGGGGGAGUGACGGGCGUCCGGGUCUCCGGGGUCCCGACGGCUCCGGUCAAGUGCAGCGCCCUUCCAGCCUAGGGUCAGCGAGGCUUGAUCCGCCGUGGGACACCCGCCCUGCGCCCCCCGUGGCCCCGACCCCACCCGGGACCCGCGCAUCCGGACCCCCGACUUCGGCCUCCGCGCCCGAGGUAGCUCGACGAGCUUUGUUAACUCCCCACUAUCCACGGCACCGCCGUCGGGCUGCCCCAAGGCCGCGCGCCCCUUGCCGCCCGCCGCGCCCGCCGCGUCCUCACCACGAGCCGGGGCCGCACCUGUGCCAGCCGCCGCCGCUCGCCCGCUCCCUUCGGCUGUGCCGGCGCCGCUCCGAACCCCACACACAUCGCUACACACAGCCCUCUGACGUCACCGAGCCCUCGGCCCGCCCACGUCACUGCGGAGACACACGGCUUCCCGCAGACGCCGCCGCCGUCUCCGGCCGCCCGGGGGAGAGCGAGGGCGGCGGGGAGGGGGAGGGGAAGGGAACGGAGCCAGCGGCGGCACCGCGCGCGCGGGCCCGCCGGCGUCGCUGCCACCGCCCCCUCGCGACUCUCAGCCCCUCGGGGACGCGCGCGCCGUCUGGCCUAUUGUGGCUCCUCGGGGCUCCCCCCGCGCCCCGUCGCCUCGCGCGCGCGCGCCCCUCCCCCCCCAGGCGCGCGCCCGGCGCUCCUGGCCUCGCGCGCCGUCUGGGCGGCUGGCGCACGGCGCUGUCUGCGGUGCACCCGGCGCAGACAGGAUCCGGCUGUCUGGGGCCGCCACCGCCCCGCCCCCGCCCCACCCGCUGCUCUGUGGUGACGGGCCAGACCCGGGGGCGCCCUGGCCGCUCCGCUGCCGCGCGACUGGGAGAGAGGGGGCAGGGCGGCCGCGCGGUGCACUGUGCGCGACCCCAGCAGCCGGCAGGGCGGAGGCAGGGCCCGCCCGGCAGAGCGCCGCCGCCCGAGGUCAGGCACGGGCGACCCUCCCCCCGCGAGGCCGCAGCUGGGCCGCCCCGCCCCGGAGGCAGCCGGGUGGCGGCCGCCCUGCAGCGCCCCCGGUGUGGGCCCCGCUCCCCGGGGCGCGCCGGGGCUGCCCCCCGCCCCCACGGGGCCUCCCGCCCGCAGGCCGCCCUGCCAGCUGCCUGCGCUCCGCCCCACCUCGGCGGCCCCCGCCUUGCCGGGGCGGCCUCCGCCCAGACGCCUUCCCCGGGCUGA